AUGAUAUCUUCAUCGCUUCUCCCCAGCCGAUUCCGGGGCGAGCAGCCUGCCGCCCAGGCCGCUGCUCCCUCCUGGCUCAACAAGAAGCUCACGCCCGGCCUCAAGUUCCUCUCAAAGGUCGCCUGCUCCCACCCGAUCCACACCGUCGUCAUCGUCGCCGUCCUCGCCAGCACUUCCUACGUAGGACUUCUGCAGGAGAGCCUGUUCGAUGCUACAAUCAGUGUCCGCUCCGCCGACUGGUCCUCCCUCACCGAGGGUAGCCGCCGUCUGCAAGCCGGCCCCGAGACUGCCUGGAAAUGGCAAAACGUCGAGCCCGAGGCCACUGUCGCCAAGGACGUCGACCACCUCGCCCUCCUGACCCUCGUCUUCCCCGAGUCUCAGUCUCCCGAGUCCAUCAACACCGCCCCGCGCACCCACGCCGUCCCGAUCCCCCAGAACCUGUCCGUCACCUCGCUGCCGCAGACCUCCAACUCCCUGACGAGCUACUCCCAGGACAGCGCCCUCGCCUUCGCUGUGCCCUACUCUCAGGCUCCUGAGUUCCUCUCUCUUGCCCAAGAGAUCCCCGAUGCCUCUAGCGACGAGACCCAGACUACGGUCCACGGCAAGGAGAAGAAGAUGUGGAUCAUGAAGGCCGCCAAGGUUCACACCCGCAACAGCCUCGUCCAGUGGGUUCGCAACGGCUGGACCGAGUUCAUCGACCUGCUGAAGAACGCCGAAGCUCUGGACAUCGUCAUCAUGGUCCUCGGCUACCUCUCCAUGCACCUGACCUUCGUCUCCCUUUUCCUCUCGAUGCGUCGCAUGGGCUCCAACUUCUGGCUCUUCACCAACGUCCUCUUCUCCUCGGUUUUCGCCUUCCUCUUCGGUCUGUUGGUCACCACCAAGCUCGGCGUUCCCAUCACCAUGGUUUUGCUGUCCGAGGGUCUGCCUUUCCUGGUCGUCACCAUUGGCUUCGAGAAGAACAUCGUCCUCACCCGUGCCGUUCUGUCCCACGCCAUUGAGCACCGCAAGCCCAAGGACAACAAGGAGGACAAGAAGUCCAAGAAGUCCGAGGUCUCGUCCCCCAACGUCAUCCAAUACGCUGUGCAGGCCGCCAUCAAGGAGAAGGGCUACGACAUUGUCAAGGACUACGCCAUUGAGAUUGCUGUGCUCAUCAUCGGCGCCGCCUCUGGUGUCCAGGGCGGUCUCCAGCAGUUCUGCUUCCUCGCUGCCUGGAUCUUGUUCUUCGACUGCAUUCUGCUCUUCUCCUUCUACACGGCAAUUUUGAGCAUUAAGCUGGAGAUCAACCGCAUCAAGCGCCACGUGCAGAUGCGCCGCGCCCUCGAGGACGACGGUGUCAGCCGCCGCGUUGCCGAAAACGUGGCUCAGAGCAACGAUUGGGCUGAUUUCAACGGGAAGGCCCCCAAGGAGGCUUCUUUGUUCGGCAAGCAGAUGAAGAGCAGCAACGUCCCCAAGUUCAAGGUCCUCAUGGUCACCGGAUUCAUCCUGAUCAACGUCAUCAACAUCUGCACCAUCCCGUUCCGCAGCUCCAGCUCUCUCCCGAGCCUGUCUUCUUUGACCGGUGGUCUUAGCGCCGUUGUGACCGCCCCUCCCGUCGACCCCUUCAAGGUUGCCUCCAACGGUCUUGACGCUAUCCUUGAGUCGGCCAAGGCCAAUGAGCGCCAGACCGUCGUCACUGUCCUCACCCCUAUCAAGUACGAGCUCGAGUACCCCUCAAUCCACUAUGCUCUCCCUUCUCCCGCCAGCAAGUCCGGCUCCAGAGACGACGACGAGUAUGACCACUUUGAGAGCUAUGGCGUUGGUGGCCGCAUGGUCGGCAGCAUCCUGAAGAGUCUGGAGGACCCUGUUCUCUCCAAGUGGAUCGUUGUUGCCCUCGCCAUGAGUGUUGCUCUGAACGGCUACCUCUUCAACGCCGCUCGCUGGGGUAUCAAGGACCCUAACGUCCCCGACCACCAGAUCGACCCCAAGGAGCUGGCCAAGGCUGAGAAGUUUAACGAUACCGACUCGGCCACCCUGCCCCUCGGCGAGUACAUUCCCGAGACGCCCAAGCCCGCAACUCCGGCACUGUCGGACGACGAGUCUGAGCUGUCCAUGACCAAGGCCAGCACCCCCGAGCCUCGCACCAUUGCCGAGCUGCAGAAGAUGAUCGACGAGAAGCGUGUCCACGAAAUGAGCGACCAGGAGGUCGUCGGCAUGUCUCUCCGCGGCAAGAUUCCAGGUUACUCUCUCGAGCGCGCUCUCAAGGACCACACCCGUGCCGUCAAGAUCCGCCGCAGCAUCAUCUCCCGUACCAACGCCACCUCCGACCUCACUGGCAGCCUCGAGCGCUCCAAGCUUCCCUACGCCGGCUACAACUGGGAGCGUGUCUUCGGUGCCUGCUGUGAGAACGUCAUUGGUUACCUGCCCCUCCCCGUCGGUGUCGCUGGCCCUCUCGUUAUUGAUGGUCAGAGCUACUUCAUCCCCAUGGCCACCACUGAGGGCGUCUUGGUCGCAAGUACCAGCCGUGGCUGCAAGGCUAUCAACUCUGGCGGCGGCGCUGUUACUGUCCUGACUGCCGACGGCAUGACCCGCGGACCCUGUGUUGCUUUCGAGACUCUCGAGCGUGCUGGUGCGGCCAAGAUCUGGCUUGACUCUGACGCUGGUCAGUCCACCAUGAAGAAGGCGUUCAACUCUACCAGUAACUUUGCUCGUCUGCAGUCCAUGAAGACUGCUCUUGCUGGCACCAACCUGUACAUCCGCUUCAAGACCACCACCGGCGAUGCCAUGGGCAUGAACAUGAUUUCCAAGGGUGUCGAGCAUGCCCUCUCCGUCAUGGCUUCCGAGGGUUUUGAGGACAUGAGCAUCGUUUCUGUCUCUGGUAACUACUGCACGGACAAGAAGGCUGCCGCCAUUAACUGGAUCGACGGACGUGGAAAGAGCGUCGUCGCCGAGGCUAUCAUCCCUGGCGAUGUCGUCAAGAGCGUGCUGAAGAGCGACGUCGACACCCUGGUCGAGCUCAACGUUAACAAGAACCUCAUUGGAUCCGCCAUGGCCGGUUCCAUUGGUGGAUUCAACGCCCACGCUGCCAACAUUGUCGCCGCCAUCUUCCUUGCCACCGGUCAGGACCCCGCCCAGGUUGUCGAGAGUGCCAACUGCAUUACUGUCAUGAAGAACCUCCGCGGAUCCCUCCAGAUCUCCGUCUCCAUGCCCUCUCUCGAAGUCGGUACCCUCGGCGGUGGUACUAUCCUCGAGCCCCAGAGCGCCAUGCUUGACAUGCUUGGUGUUCGUGGCCCCCAUCCCACGAGCCCCGGCGAGAACGCCCGCCGCCUCGCCCGUGUUAUCGCUGCUGGUGUCUUGGCCGGUGAGCUGUCGCUUUGCAGUGCCUUGGCGGCCGGCCACUUGGUCAGGGCCCACAUGCAGCACAACCGUUCCGCUCCUCCCACGAGGACUAACACUCCCGCUCCCAGCGGAACGAUGACGCCUGUCGGUCUGGCCAUGACCAGCGCCGUCGAGAAGGCCAGCAAAGUGAGCGCCGCCGCCGUCGAGCGAUCGCGCCGUUAA